AUUCAUGGUCUCCCUCUCAGCACUUCGAUGAAGAAAGCAACUCCCCUCCUCCACCCAGGAACAUGAAGGCUCUAUCGGGCGGGCGGCCCAGCCAGCUCCAGAUCACCUCGGCUCACACCUGCGGCCUGGCCGACUGCGACCACUCCCUGGACCACCAUGAGUCCCGCACCCCCUCUUACCUCCUCAGCCCCACAGAGAGCUGUCCCAUGGAGCACCACCGCCGCUGCUCCCCCCAUAGCUCCAUCCACUCUGAGUGCAUGGCGAUGCCCGUCUCCGUCUCCAUGGCCAACACAGACCACUCCAUCUCCAGCAGCACCUUUCCCAGGAUGCAUUACAGUUCCCACCACGACGGCAGCGGGUCACGGGACAGUGGUGGUGGUGGAGGAGGUGGUGGUGGUGGAUCACGGGAUCGAGACGAGUGUGGCUCGUCGCAUGGCGGCAGCGGUAAGAUGAACAGAAUCCCGGCCAACCUGCUGGACCAGUUUGAGAAGCAACUUCCGUUACAUCGCGACGGCUUCCACACACUGCAGUACCAGAAGACGCACACCACCACCACGGAGCAGCGCAACGAGAGCCCUGGGAGGAUCCGACACCUGGUCCACUCUGUCCAGAAGCUCUUCACCAAGUCCCACUCCCUGGAGGGCUCGUCCAAGAUGAAUGGCACCAAGGGGGACUCGCACCGGGAAGGCUCCCACCACCACCAUCCCAACCACCAUGGACACCACAAACACAGCAAGCGCAGCAAGAGCAAAGAGCGUAAGUCAUCAGACAGCAGCGGGAAGCAGCGCUCCGGGGUGGCGGGCUGGUGGAGCUCAGACGAUAACCUGGACAGUGACAGUACGUACCGGACGCCCAGCGUCAUGUCCCGCCAACAGGUGGACCACAUCAGCCACUGCUACCCCGACUCUGUCCACAGCCACUACGGGGACCUGUCGCUCAAGACCUCCAAGAGCAACAACGAUGUGAAGUGUUCCGCGUGUGAGAGCGUGGCCAUGGCUCCUGAAGGGAAGUUCAUGAAGAGGAGCUCCUGGUCAACGCUGACUGUCAGCCAGGCCAAGGAGGCCUACAGGAAGUCUUCCCUAAACCUGGAGAAACCCAUGACGCCCACAGACCUCAAGCCCAACCUCAGGCCCUGCCACUAUCUACAGGUACCUCAGGAUGAGUGGAGUGGUUACCCAGGGGGAGGUAAGGAUGAUGAGAUCCCCUGUCGGAGGAUGAGGAGCAGCAGUUACGUCAAAGCCAUGGGUGAUGAGGAGAGUGGAGAGUCUGACUCCAGCCCCAAGACCUCCCCCGUGAAGACGGUCCGGCCAGACGCCCUGGUCAAGUCUGUCAUGCAGAGACCACUCCUAGACUCCCAGAGUCAGAACUACCACUUGCAGGCCUCAAGAGACAUGCACCCCCACCACCCCAGCAUGGCCCUGGAGCCCUCCACCAACUACAACUCCCAGCAGCCACCUCUCCCAGCAGCCCAGUUCCGCUCCAGGAACCAGAGCUACAUGCGGGCGGUCAGCACUCUCAGCCAGGCCAGCUGUGUUAGCCAGGUGAGUGAGACAGAUAUAAACGGUCAGUUUGAGUCAGUAUGUGAGUCGGUGUUCAGUGAGGUGGAAUCUCAGGCUGUGGAGGCUCUGGACCUGCCCGGCUGUUUCCGGACACGGAGCCACAGCUACCUGAGGGCCAUCCAGGCUGGCUACUCCCAGGAUGAUGACUGCAUCCCCACCUUGACCUCCUCCACUGUCACCUCCACCAUCAGGUCCACCACAGGGAUCCAGUUCCGCCUUCCCUCUACCUGCACCAUUGACCGGACAACCCACGAAACCCCAGCGGUCACGUACACGAACAACUACAAGAAGACGACCCCUCCGCCGGUCCCACCCCGCUCCACCUCAGGCUCCAAGCCCCUCAUCUCCGUCACUGCCCAGAGCAGUACAGAGUCCACCCAGGACACGUACCAUGAGGGCAGGCACCCUCGAGGGUGGGGGGACGGGCUGGGCCUGAACCUGGGCAGGACCCUGUAUAACUCCACAGACAGCCUGGACAGUGCCAAGGCCGUGACCAUAGCCAUGGAGGCAGCUGGGCUGAGGUCUGGGAAGAGGCACCCGUCCACAGACCGUCACAGUCACAGCUCAGUGAUGACCUGUGAUAAAGCCAUCCUGGUGUCCAAGGCUGAGGAGUACCUCAAAACACCACGCUCCUCCAUAGGGAUACAGGUGGAAGCAGCCACCGACUCGGAGUCAGAAAGUAAAGGGUCGAAGGAAUACCAUUCUGUGGGGAUCCAGGUGGAAGCUGACAGACGAGGGCAGGGCAGGUUGAAGCGCUCCAACAGUGUAACAGCCUCUGUGCAGGCUGACAUGGAGAUGGAGGGGUUUCCCACCAUGGAGGACAAGGGCCUACAGUUUGGAGGGGGCUUCCUAGGGGGGCACUCUGAGCCCAGCACGCCCACCCAGUAUGGGGUGCGCACCGUCCGCACCCAAGGCCUCUUCAGCUACCGGGAGGACUACCGGACCCCUACGGAGCCCCCUUGCCCCCAGCAGACCUCCAACGAGACCACCUGGCAGCUAGAGCCCCCCUCCCCCAGGGAGCCAGCAGAGUCGUCUGGCGAGUCGGGCCGGACGUCCCCCGCCUUGCGGAGGGAUGGAAGCUGGUUCAUGCAGCUGCUCCACGCAGAGACCAAGAGGAUGGAGGGAUGGUGUAAAGAGAUGGAGGCAGAGGCGGAGGAGAACGACCUCUCUGAGGACAUCCUAGGUAAAAUCAGGAGUGCGGUGGGCAGUGCUCAGCUCCUUAUGUCUCAGAAAUUCCAGCAGUUUUACUGGUUGUGUCAGCAGAACCUGGACCCCAGUGCCAUGCCCCGCCCCACCUCUCAGGACCUGGCUGGAUUCUGGGACCUCCUGCAGCUGUCAAUCGAUGACGUCACCGCCAAGUUUGACGAGCUGCAGCAGAUAAAGAACAACGACUGGAGGCCCGUGGAGAAGAGCCCAGAGAAAAGGUUACCACCUGUCGCACCAAAGAAGUCCAUGAUCGGGAAGAGAGGCGUGACACGGGAGAAGUCUCUUGACCUUCCAGACCGCCACCGCCUGGAAGCACGCAGGAGGCUGAUGCAGGCCAAGCGGGCGGCUUCCUUCCGUCAGAACUCGGUGUCAGAGAGAGCAGACAGCAUCGAGAUCUACAUCCCUGAGGCCCAGACUCGCCUUUGAGAGGACUGGGACAGGGGUCAAGGGUGAGGGGCGUCUCCCCCCUCAGACUACCCCUCAACUAGACUCUCCUUUAACUAGCCUUUUUUCUAGACUAUCUACUGUACACUUCCCUCCUUUAUCUGUCUCCUCAUGACUUCACUAUCAUCACCUUCGGAGUUCAUCUCCACUCCAGGCCUCACUGAGUAGGAUAUCACAAAACUCCUCUUCCAUCAACAGAUAUGUAUUAGUGGAUAUACACUGAGUAUACUAAACAUCAGGAACACCCCCCCCCGCUGCUUUUCCCCUCAG